AUGGACCAAGCUGCCGAUGACGCUCCGAGAGCUGCGCCUCCGCUCCCGUCAGCCAGUGGCGACCUCGUGCUGGCUACUGCCAGUUUGGACAUACCUGUCUCUGAUGUUGCUCUUGCCCAGACUGUGUAUGCGACACCGGCCACUACUCAAACGGAGCUGGAUGCCCGCACUUCCUCGCUGGCGCUGGCGCUGCCGCAUUCAGAGACACCCAGCCAGCUUUUUGCGCUCGGAGUUGUAGCUGCGUCAGCCCGCAACCAAGACUCACAUCGCCGCGUUGGGAAUCAGAAGAAGAAGGCCAAUACUGGUGAAACGUCUAUCGCUACGAAGCAACCCUCCUUUGCGUGGACGACUGCAGCAGCUGAUGCCCUGCUGCGGGCUCGUUUUGACACGGCUGCAACUUUCUUCUCAAAGCUAUGCUGCCGUACUUUGGCAGCAGCAAACAGAACACCUUGA